GAAUCUUCGUCUUCUGCUGAAGAAACCAAAAUGGAGAAGAGAGUGACGGAGAAUCCCAAUUCCGAGACGCAACCUCCUCCUCCUCCUCCUCCUCCGCCGAAUCAUCAAAUGGAUGCAGACGACGACGAUGAGAAUGUGAAACAGCUCAAGGAGUGUUCUUCUCUCUAUUUGUCUUUACAGGAUUGUCUUGUUGAUAGCAAUAGGGACUGGAAAUCUUGCCAAAAACAUGUUCAAGCUUUGAAGGAAUGUCAUGAAAGGAGAAUGAAGAAAUGAUAGAGAUGAUUAGUUACUUACUUCUUAUAGAGAAACCAUAUAAGUAUGACAUUUAUAUGUUCACGGUCUUGCAAAAAUUGAAUAAAAGAAUGGUUUCCUCUGAUUGUGUUCUUGUUGUAGGGAUUCCAAAAUGCACAAGCUUUCAUACAAUGUAAUCUUGGUUUUGUUUUGUUGCUCGUUGGUUUUGGUUCAUUGCACAGAAUCUUUCUCUUGAGACUUUAAGUGUCACAGGGUUAUUAUUUCACAGAAGAAAACAGCAAUGGUGUU